AUGGCGUGCUGCAGUCCGCCCCCGUCAUUCUCCAGCCCACACAGACAGCAAACCAAUGCGCUGCGCCGGAGGAGGGUUUCUGCCAGUGAUAUCAGCCGAGGAGAGAUACGCACAGGGGAUUUACUACGGCAGAUCUGCGCCGCUUUCAGAGAGAACUGCCCCCCUCUGCUGUCAGCAGGUCCUCCGGGUCCCUCCACGUCUCCGGUGCCCUCCGCCUCCUUCGCCCUGGCACCCCUCUCAGCCUGGCCAGGGGGGCAGCUGGACGAGGAAACGGCCAGGGCCGUGGUGGAGAGCGUGGACAGACUCUACAGAACCUUGCCCAGAUCAGACCCUGCAGAGGUGAAGACUCUGCUACGGAUGAACAAGAAAAUAGCGAAAACCGUCGGUCACAUCUUCAGAAUGGGCUCCCAGGACCCAAACAAGGAGGAGGAGAUCCGAAAAUACAGCCUGAUUUAUGGUCGCUUUGACUCCAAGAGGAGAGAGGGCAAGCAGCUCACACACCAUGAGCUGAUCAUCAAUGAAGCUGCUGCCCAGUUCUGCAUAAGAGACAACGCUCUCCUGCUCAGACGGGUGGAGCUCUUCUCUCUGGCUCGACAGGUGGCCAGGAAAUGUGCCUACACCUCCACAUUGAAAAACGCAAGGUGAGAUCAGUGCACGCCGUGCAGUCUCUGACCAACGCUCAUCUACACAUCUAUCAAUGCCUACCAUGCAAGGAAUCGACACCCGGUCAUUGUGUCUGAGUCAUCGCUUCUCGGAGUGGAGGGAUUUGAAGGAGCGACUCAGAGAGCAGAUGAAGACAGCUUGUCUGCAGAAAGCGUUGAUUGCGUAUCACAUGACUCCAGCUCCCAGUGCAACCAGUCUCCAUCACCCCGUCCCCACGGUGACGCCUGGAACCCUGCCAGCUGGAGCCGCCACCUAAUACAGCAGACUCUAAUGGACGAAGGCCUGCGAUUGGCUCGGAUGGUGUCACAUGAUCGGGCGGGGAAGCUCAGCCUGGGACCAGAGGGAACUCACACAGCAGACCCUGACAUUAAGGUGGAGCGGCAGAUCUCAAUAGCAGCGUGCAGGAGCAGUAGCCCUUGUGUCACCAAAGAGCCAACCAUCAUCUCCAACCACAGAGGAAAGUGAAACCUGCGGCCCAUCAGGGGAACAGUGCUCAGAGAGAGGACUCAAGGAUCAAACUGUAAAUCUGAGACUCCUCACCACCUGUACACACAUCAGCUGUAAAUGAAGAUCCAAACAGAGUUGUGCUUUAGUUCUGCCUCUGUUAAAAGUGUCCUCUGUCAGGGAAAAACCUACAUGUUACUGUGAGUAGCGCUGUGUGGUGGAGGAUCCACCUGCUACAGAUGAACCAUGGCUCACACAGCAGGGGGCACUGCAACUUUGGGAAACAGACUCUACUUGGAGCAGCACUGAAGAGGAGAUGUGCGUUUACCAGCGACCUUUCUUUUGUAGGUUACCGCAUAUUGUCGAGAGCUCCCCCACCUCAGGAAACCUCUGGAUGCUUUGUUUAGAACGCAGGUCGGCAUUGUUCAAGUCAAACUUACCCAGAAGACACAGAUACCUUGCAAAAAUACUCAUACUUGUGAAACAUGUAGCAGUUUGUUAUGUUAUAAUUGCGAUUAUCUUUUUUUUUAUCAUUUAUUUAAGUUUUAUUUUUGUGUCAUACCAACAGAAGGUAUAUUUGAUCAGAAAGGAUGUCCUAAGAAAGGUCCAUGAUAUCCUGUGAUCACACAGGAAAACUGAAUUUUGUUGCAAGCAAAGAACAUGUUUUGAAAGAGGACAACUGAAAAAAUUGCCAUCCAGAAAUGAAACUGUAAAAACUUGUUAAUCCAAAUUAAAGUUUUCAACAUUUAUUCAAAUUUUCAAACAAAAUUUAAAAAAUGCGACUCUUAAAAUUGCACAGAUCACAUUCUCUUCACUUCUGUAGGCAGGCUUUCCUUUAAAGGGAGGAGAAAGGCACAUUUCUGUUGAUCAGCAUGGAUGUUAGCAAUAACAUUUUUAUUGGUCAAUGUGUGCAGCUGUUUGUAAUCGAAUUGAAGUGAAGAGAAUGAGAUUUGUAAAAUGCAAUUCGUAAAAAAUACAAUUUAUACAUCUUGAUUUGAAAAACUAAAAUGUUAAACUUGUAAAGAAGAAAA